CUAGAAUGAAAGAAAACACAGUUGAUAGCAAAUAGUUGUUCAUCGCUCGCGAGGUGUAGUUCAAGCCGGAGACGUGGCAAUGUUAUAAAUAUCUGAGCCCUCUAAGUUUGGUCCACUUUUUUGCUUAGCCGAUAACACUUGUUUAUAAAAGUAUAAAAGGAACCACGGAAAGGAAUUAAAACUAGAACCGGCAUUAGACUACAUUUUCCGGAGUCAGUUGUAAAAAAAAAGGCUUUUCAACUGUAAACAUCACCCCAAGACAUCACUAUAAUAUUAGAAUAUAGAUCAACUGCUACACAAGAUUGAUAACACUUUUUACAUUGAAACUGAGACAAAUUUAAAUUACAUCUUCAUUUCAACUUAUCAAGUCCUGUCUGAUCAGCUCCAGCUACAAUAAAAUGUGUGGUAUAUUCGCUUACUUAAACUACCACGUCCCAGUGAAAAGACAAGAGAUCCUACAGAAACUGAUCAAUGGACUCAAGAGAUUGGAGUACCGUGGCUACGACUCUGCAGGAAUCGCCUUCGAAGGUUCAGCAGCAGAGAGCGGCUGUACGUGUGAAAUAAAGAUCAUCAAGCAGACGGGCAAAGUGGCGGCACUGGAGAAACUUGUGGAAGAAUCCAAGGACAAGAUAGAUUUCGACAAAGAAUUCAGCAUCCAUGUCGGUAUUGCUCACACCCGUUGGGCCACUCAUGGUGAGCCAAGUCCAACCAACGCUCACCCUCACAGGUCAGACCCUAACAAUGAAUUCGCCCUGGUUCACAACGGCAUCGUCACAAACUACAAGGAUAUCAAGUCUUUCCUUACCCAGAAAGGAUUCCUCUUCGAGACAGAGACCGACACAGAAGUCAUCGCCAAGCUGCUCAAGCACCUGUAUGACAACCACGCGGGCCAGCCAAUCAAACUCCGCGAGCUGGUGGAGAUGACCGUUGCACAGCUGGAGGGAGCCUUUGCCCUUGCAGUGAUCAGCAAACAUUACCCUGGUGAUAUUGUAGCUACAAGGAGAGGAAGCCCCCUGCUGAUUGGUGUAAAGAGUGAGAACAAGCUGAGCACUGACCACAUUCCAGUCAUGUUUAGCAAAGGUCAAACAGACUUUAAAGAAGACCACAGAGGUUUCCUUGGCAGCAGCCAAGGUCGUCGUGGUGAUGAGUUGACCCAGUACCACACCACAGGCCCUGAGAGGGAGGUGGAAUAUUACUUUGCCUCUGAUGCCAGUGCCAUCAUAGAACACACAGACCAAGUGAUUUUCCUGGAAGAGAACGAUGUUGCUGAGGUCCACGAGGGUUCACUGACCAUCCACCAAGCCACUCGCAACUUGGAUGAGAAAACAUUCCGAGAGGUCACCACUUUGAAGAUGGCUAUUGAGGAAAUAAUGAAAGGGAGCUUCAAGUCAUUCAUGCAGAAAGAAAUCUUUGAACAGCCCGAGUCAGUUGUAAACACCAUGAGGGGGCGUGUCAACUUUGAGAAGGGAACCGUUGUGUUGGGUGGCAUCAAGGACUACAUGUCAGAAAUCAGGAGGUGUAGACGUCUGCUCUUCAUAGCCUGUGGCACCAGCUAUCACAGUGCUGUAGCUACUCGCCAGUUGCUGGAAGAACUGACGGAGCUCCCAGUGAUGGUGGAGCUGGCCAGUGAUUUCCUUGACCGCAGCACACCUGUCUUUAGGGAUGAUGUGUGUUUCUUCAUCAGCCAGUCAGGUGAAACAGCUGACACACUGAAUGCUUUACACUACUGCAAGCAGAGGGGGGCCCUGAUUGUUGGCAUCACAAAUGUGGUCGGCUCCAACAUCUCCAGGGAGUCCAACUGUGGGGUUCACAUCAAUGCUGGCCCAGAGAUUGGUGUGGCCAGUACUAAGGCCUACACAAGUCAGUUCAUUGCCCUGGUGUUGUUUGGUCUGAUGAUGAGUGAGGACAGAAUCUCCUUACAGAACAGGAGGAGGGAGAUCAUGCAGGGGCUCAAAGAACUGCCAGAAAAAAUCCGAACAGUGCUCACUAUGGACACCAAAAUUCUAGAACUGGCUAAAGAACUCCAUCAUGAAAAAUCUCUGCUUGUCAUGGGCAGGGGAUAUAACUAUGCCACUUGCUUGGAGGGUGCAUUGAAAAUUAAAGAGUUGACCUACAUGCACUCAGAAGGGAUCAUGGCCGGAGAGUUGAAACAUGGCCCCCUGGCCCUGGUUGAUGCGGCCAUGCCUGUGUUGAUGGUGUGCACAAGAGAUAAUGUCUUCUCUAAAUGUGAAAAUGCAUUACAGCAAGUGAAAGCUAGACAUGGCAUCCCAAUCAUCAUCUGCAACACUGGGGACGGGGAUUAUCUGACCGGGGACAACAACAACAAGUCCAUCUGCAACGGUCAGCCAGUCAUCCCCCUCAAUGGUGUCCACGAGAACGGUGACCAUGCUGACUGCAAGCCAGUGAAGAAAUCUUUGGCUCUGGAGGUCCCUCAAACAAUCGACUGUCUCCAGGGAAUUCUGACUGUCAUUCCUAUGCAACUGCUGUCUAUGCACAUUGCUGAGUUGAAGAACCUUGAUGUUGACUGCCCAAGAAAUCUGGCCAAGUCUGUAACAGUGGAAUGAGAUGUUUUAUUUGUUUCAUUUGUAUUAUAAAUGUUUGGACAACAAAAAAAUGGACAAAAUUGACCUACGUGGGGCUUUACACCAAGAAAAACCUGGAUAGUUUUUUUCUAAUUAUUUCAUAAUUGUAUAUAAAUGCAGUUGUGAGAUGAUUCAAACAUGACUACACUGAUGUUAUUUUAUCAUCAUUAUAUUUUAUAAAACGAUGAAAUGGUUGCAUUUUAUGAGAUUUUACACAUUGGAAUCAAUUCAAUGUUUUAUUUUUAUUUUUGAAAACUAAUUGUAUAUACUUACUUUAUACUAUGUAUACUUUUAGGGCAUGUGAUUAUAACUACCUAAAAAUUGCAACAACAAAAAUGAAUUUUUAUGACAAAUUAUUGAAAUGUUUAGAUUUUAAAUUGCUUUCUCUCAGAUAUUUGCACUAAAAAUGUGUAAACAAAAAUAUAGCUACAGUACUAUUGUUCAGCUACAGAAAAGUAUUUUUUUCCCUAAGUUUACAUUCCCUACUGCAUUAUUGGUGGAUUUUUAAGGAUAGAACAUCGUAAUUCAUAUCAUUUUCAAAAAGAAAUGGCAUAUUGGGCUCCCACACUCCAUAACACCAGCGAGAGCUUAUUGCCAGUGCCUUUGCUCAAGCAAUUCUUCAUCGUCUUGUUGGUUGUACAAGGUACAAAUCACUGGGCUAAUGAAAUUUUUUUACAAUUUUUUAAAAUUAGUAGAUUAGAGCAAGUAUAUGACAAAUCUUUGCGUACAAAAACCUGUGGGGAAAGUGUGUACAAAUGAUUGCAAGAUAUAGUGUACAAAAGCCCAUGGGAUAUUGUGUACCUAGGCUUGCUGUGUUCAGUGGGGUAGUGUAAACACAAGAGAAAUCUGAUGUUUAUUUUGUUAGAAUCCCAGAGAUUCCUGUGAUAUUUAUUUGCUCUGAGAGGGACCAUGGAUUUCUUUUGUACAUGUGUGUAUAGCUCAUAUUCUUUCUGUUGGUUUUCAAAACAAUCAACACAUACUGCUUUGGUUUUUUAAGUUUUUGGUUGUGUUCCUGUUUUCACACUUAAAAUGAACAACACACGAACAAGAGGAUGAUGAUACAUAUCCGAAUAUGUAAAUGUAGAUCUAUAAAUGUGUUGUUACAUUUAGGGAUUUUACAUCAACAGAAACAGAUCUGGUUUUAUUUUUCUGUAGUAAAAUCUGUAUGCAUUUUUUAUUUUUAUUUUUACACAUAACAAAUUUGCCUGUGCAAAAGCAUAUGGGCGUAAAACAUGUUUAGUUUAAAUUUGAAACCCUAAAAUAUUUUAAUUUUUUAAACUUAUUAACAUAAUUAUAUCAGAAUGCUUAUGCAAUAUGAUCAAUUAAAAUACUAAAUUUAUCGCUGUCUAUUAUAAAGAAAUUUUUUUGGCGCCUAAUUGAUAUUUUGUUUUAUAAAAUAAAAGUAGGUCUGCUUGGAUACAUUAUUUACAAGCUAGCUAUUAUUAUUUAAGUAAUUUUAGUUUCUUUUUUUUUUUAUUCCAUUCACAAAUUGUUCUAUAAACUAUGUGUAAGUAAUGUACUUAUCUGCUGAGCACUCAUGUCUAUAAUGUGCCUUUAUUGGUAAAAAAAUGAAUAUGCUCAGUAUUUAUUUAUAUUCAUCAGCAAGCAACAUGCUAGUUCUGUGUUGCCCCUGGAGAAGGGUUACCUCCCCUCUAGAACCAGGUUAUUCAAGCUUUUUAUUUCAUAGAUGGCCUACUUAUUUAGUUACAGUUACAAGAAAUUAGUGGGGUGCCAUACUUUUAUUUAUUUAUUUUAAAAAGUAAAUAUUUACCUGAACCGUUACCUUUCCAAAGCUUGCGAGUUUUAAAACAUUAGAAUCCACCUACAGGUAGUAAUAUUUUUAAAAGGUUUUUAUACAUGUGCUAUUGAAAUAUUUUGUAGCUGCUGAUCAAACUGAUCACAGGACUGUUGCAUGUUGAUAAAUUGGGGAACUACUGCUUAUUGGGAAUGGAUUAUUUACCUUAUUUAAUAAAUAAAGUUUUACAAAAUACAA